AUGUUGCUGGCUCAGCAGUUAGUUCACCUGACCACGCUAAUCCAGAUUAUUGUGAGCCAAUAUUUUUCGCCACUCUCCUCGCUGCUGAUCGUUCACAAUAGCACGUUUGCAACGCAGCUGCAGUUGGCGUACCUGGAUGCACUGCAACUGGCCCUGCGUAAUCUCAGCCGGCCGCUGUUGCUGCAGUGGAUCGACGUAGCCGAGCUACCCGACGACGAGUCCCAGCCGGAUGCCAUUGAAUGGCAAGUCCUGCGCGCCGUUAACGCCAGCGUGACUGAGGGCUUUAUCACAGUGCUGCCGCAGACGGCGCGUUUUCUCCAUGCACGUUACUUUGCCACGCGCAAUGCCAACGUGAGACUCAAGGAUAAGCUGUAUUUGUUUUUGUGCGAGCAUGAAGAACCCAGGGAUUUCUUGAGCAUGGAUAUAUUGCAAUUCUACCCACACCAUCUGAUGGUGCGGCCAGAAAAGCAGGCAAAUAAAGGAUGUGGCAGAGCAGACGUAGGUGGAUUUGUUGGUGGCAAUGGCGGGUGUGUCGGGGGCGGCUUGCCACACCCAUACCGCGACAUCAAUUUGGAGCUGUGGACACAAAAGUUUGUCGGUGCCAGUGGAAAUUCGGAUGCUAUAUUCUUGGACGCAUUCUUGCCGAACGAAACUUUUGCCAACCGAGCCGAACUUUAUCCCAACAAGCUGCUCAAUCUGCAGCGGCGCACGCUUCGCCUCGGCUCCAUUACUUAUGUGCCAUACACAGUUACUAAUUAUGUGGCAGCUGGUGUCGGCAAUGAGGAUCCAAUCAACCCGCAUAAGGCCAAUCGUACAAUUGCCUAUGACGGCUCCGAGGCAAACAUUAUGAGGACCUUCUGUGAGGUGCACAACUGUCAUCUGCGCGUUGAGGCCUAUGGCGCUGAUAACUGGGGCAGCAUCUAUGACAACGAAACCGCUGACGGCAUGUUGGGCGAUAUUUAUAAGCAGCGCGUGGAAUUGGCCAUUGGCUGUAUAUACAAUUGGUACAAUGGCAUUACGGAGACCUCGCAUACCAUAGCCCGAUCUGCGGUGACCAUCUUGGGACCGGCUCCUGUUCCUCUGCAAGCCUGGUUCACCGAUAUUAUGCCCUUCAAUGGCGGCACUUGGCUCCUGUUGAUUUCUACGAUUUUCCUCUGCAGCAUGGUUUUGUAUAUACUGAGGUACUCGAACUACUUGUUGGCCAAGCACUCACGACAGAGACAAUUUGUGCAUGCAGAAAAUGUGGAAAAGUCGGCUCUAGACAUAUAUGCACUCUUCAUUCAGCAGCCAUCGGCGCCCUUGACCUUUGAUCGCUUUGCUACACGCUUCUUUCUGGCCACACUGCUGUGUGCGACUAUUACGCUGGAGAACAUUUACAGUGGCCAACUAAAGUCGCUACUCACUGUGCCUCUAUAUGGCGCACCUGUGGACACGAUUGGGAAGUGGGCGCAGGCGCAAUGGAAGUGGGCGGCUCCCUCGAUUGUCUGGCUGCACACGGUGGAAAAAUCGCAUUUGCUUACGGAACAGAUACUGGCCGAUAACUUUGAGGUGCGCGACUAUAGCUACUUGUACAAUGCGAGCUUUCAACCCAACUAUGGACUGGGCAUUGAGCGUUUGGUCUCCGGCGCCUUCAAUUUCGGCAACUAUGUGACACGUGAGGCCGUGGAGAAUCGCAUUGUGCUGCACGAUGAUAUUUACUUUGACUGGACGCGCGCUGUGUCCAUACGUGGCUGGACCCUGAUGCCACAGCUAAACAGGCACAUACGCGCCUGUCAGGAGUCAGGUCUCUAUGUGCACUGGGAACUGGAGAACGUUGACAAGUAUUUGGAUAAGAAAACUGGCCAGAUACUCCUCAAUCAGGCCAGCGGCUAUGUGCCCAAAAAGGCGCCCAAUCCACUUGUUGUGGAUGACAUUUCCGCUGCACUUUUUGUGCUGGCCUUUGGAUUCACCAUUGCCGGCUGUGUACUUUUCCUGGAGCGUCUGCAUCAAUGGCUGCUGCACUUGCCACACCGGCGCAACUAAUUUGCGGUUUACUGUUGGACCUGGGCUGGAGCUGGUCACUGAUUGUUUGCCUGGCGGCACACACGUGUUGUACACACAUCAAAUGGUACUCACACACACACACACACACACACACAUGCUAAAACCGCACAUCCUCCCUCGCCCACAACCAAGCAAAAAUUCGAUAGCCAGACUGCAGGUCAAUUUGGUUGCAUGCAUCUACAGCUGCAGCAGCUAAGUGGCACGGGGAUAGCUGAGAGAGCGGAGCGGCUGCUCACAAAUCCGCAGGCAGGCGUAAUCGGGUUGCUUAUGCUGUUUUAGUGCGCCACGUUUGCGGAUAUGCAAACUGAAAAUGACUUUUGCCGGAGACUUAGCUGGCUGGUAAUUGGAAAACCGUUUAGAGCAACACGCCCACACACACACACACACACACACACACACACACUUGUGGAACUUCAAUUUCGGCCAGUUGCAGUGUAGCAACUGCUCCUGGCAAUUAGGCACGUUUUAAUGAUGCACUUAAUUACCGCUAGGGAAAUUAUUCAUUAUCUCUAAUUUGUAGCGGUUUUGAUAGCACUUGCAUGUCAGAAAGGCAGGUUGAGAGCUGCCAGCUGCUAACCGCCACCUGCCACUUGCUGCCUUCCACCUGUCACCUGCCAGCUGACAUAUGCCACCUUAGCAAUCAAGGUAAAUUUCAUAAGUCUACAGCUAAAGGCUGUCAGCGUCUCAUCAUUUUGCAUCCUUGCCAUGCUCGUUAGCGAUUCGUUUGAGCCAGCCCAAGCAAAUGCCAAGCACGACAGCAGCAAUUGUUUGAUUAAUUGCGACUUAGGCAUACCCUGUUCUAAAAGG